CACAAGCAAGAACCAAGCCACCAACCAUGGCCCCCAGCAGGCACCAUCUCCCCCUCCUCGGCGUGACCAUCGCUCUCUGCCUCGCCACUCUCACCGUGGCCGCCUCUCCCGACGACACCACCACCCUGGCUCCCUCGCCGGAGCCGGAGCCGCCACAGCCGACGGCCUACGAGAUGCUGGAGCGCUACAACUUCACGGAGGGCAUCCUGCCGGAGGGCGUCACGGGGUACGUCCUCCGGCCGGACGACUCCUUCGAGGUGUACCUCCCGGGGGACUGCAGCUUCCGCGCCGGCAGCAUGCACAUCCGUUACAGCAGCCGCGUCGCCGGCAGCAUCCAGCCCAUGUCGAUCACCGGCGUCGAGGGGGUGAAGGUGAAGGUGCUCCUGGCGUGGGUCGGCGUCACGGAGGUCGACCGCGACGGCGACCAGCUCCGGUUCUCCGCCGGCCCGGUGUCCAAGUCGUUCCCCGUCGACACAUUUGCCCACAGCCCACAGUGCAGCUGAGGCUUUUUGUCGAUUGCAGAGAAAAUCAUGUAAAAAGCAUUGCAGGCUGUAGCAUUGAUUACCUGUUGAUUUGAUUUGCUUGUGUGUCUUUGUUACAUAAUCUUGCUAGAAUUGGUUACAGAUAGUGGUUAGGAAGAGUCCUAGGAUGAGGUUGGAAAUCUUCGAGGUCAUCUCAUUUGUAACCAAGCUCUAAUUGUUUUGAGUAAAGAUACACAAAA